AUGUCUGCGCCGCUUUGGUUGCAGUUCACCGGUAAUCAGGCCAAACGGAAACGCGCCGAGCUUGCCUGUACUGCGUGUCAUAGCAAGAAGAUUAGAUGCGACCUGCAAGCACGAGGGGCUCAAGGGUACAGCAAUUGUACUAAAUGUGAAGCUGGUAGUAAAGAAUGUCGAGUCAGACCAUCCAAACGAGGUCGGUCCUCCGGGACAAGUGCGGCUCCCUUGUCGCCGCCGAGUACCGAGAGUAUUUCCAGUGCGAAGGAUCGGCGCCAAAGCUCCCUGGUCCAUCUGGCUCUCACUCAACCAUCUUCGGAGCAACCUCCAUCUGGGGCUAGCCUAGCAAAUGAUACCCGGUCUUUGGACUUCCCCAGGGAUUUGCUUCAGAGAUCAUCCAUAUCUCCGCGGAACGUGGAGCAGACGACACAUCAGAAUUUCGAAAAUAUUGGAUGGUCGUUGCGAGAUGACCGAUCCUCGGGCCAAGUGCUGCCCGACUCCAUGGGCCCACCGAUACAAGACAUGACAAAUGAUUCUCCUGCUACUCAACGGACAGAAAGAACGGAAGACCACUCGGAGCAUAAUGAAAGCUACCCGAUCGGUCACGUCUUUAUGCCAGAGCUACAGACAAAUGCUCGAGCACAGGAACGCCUCAUUGCUGAAAGAAUGCCGGAGGUGCCUAACCUCCCCGACCCAGAUCUACAACAGACAUUCGCAGAAACAUACUGGGAAUACUGCUAUACCUGGUGUCCAGUCCUAGAUCGAGAUAGUCUUCCAGGCGAGCUCGCUCGAUCUCCACUACUCGUCAAUGCCCUGGCAGUGGUUGGUAGUCACAUCAAACCUCCCAUGAUCCCACAUGAUGGACCUGCUGGCUAUUACGAGCGAGCACGCACCAGGUUCUAUAAUGAUGAAGAGCCAGAUGUGAUGGUCUCGCUGAAAGCUGUUUCUCUGUUCUAUUGGUGGAGUCCGCGACCACCAACUAUUCUCCAUCGCCAUUCUUCUUGGUGGUGGACCUCAGUUGUCAUCCGCCAUUGCCAGCAACUAGGAGUACAUCGAGAACCAGCUCCGAACCACCCACUGCGUCAACAACUGGAUCUCAGUUUACGGCGUCGAAUAUGGUGGACGGCGUUUGCGCGCGAGCGACUAACCGCCCUGUGCCAAAGUAAACCAUGUAUCAUCGACCCAGAAGACUGUACCCUCGCCGAACCCACACUUGGAGACUUCUCCGGUGCCCCAGAUCAAACCAAAGCCGAAGUUUUCAUCUACUGGGUCCGUUUAUGUGCCAUAAUCGGCAGAGUUGCCAAAUACCUCGCCCGUUCUACCGAUGCUGGAUCAUCGACAUUCCCGGCGCAUUUAGCCCGCGAUCUGAUCGGCUGGGUGCAAUCCCUCCCUCCCCAUUUACAGCUGCCGAUUGGAUCAGAUCGCACAACCCACUUCAACAGAGAUGUGCAUCAACUCCAUCUCCCAUAUCUGGCCGUCAUCAUCCUCAUUCACCUUCAGCGAUCCUCCACCUCUCAGCCUCUUCCACAAGCAUAUCCACCAGCAAUACUGGCCGCGACCUGCAUGGCGCGCAUCAUGCGGGAUAUUCUAGUCCGCGGCGGGACCCGAUUUCUCAUGGCCAUCACGGGAUGGUAUUGCGGUACCGCAUUCAUCGCGCUCCUUCAAGCCCUCCGAAUCGAAGGUCUAGCCAAGGGCGCCAAUGAAGAUCUCGAUAUGUUGACUCUAGCCGUGGACCAGCUACGCAUCAUGUGGCCCACGGCGGCUGUAUUCUACUCGGGAUUCGAUCGUCUGCGAUCGAGCGCUGCAGCCCCGGACUUCGAUUCCCAGCGCGCGCCUGGUCCGGAACUCGGUAUGGGUGAUGGAAGUGUGUAUAUGCAGAUGGCAGAUGGGAUUGAUUGGACUGCUUACUUCCCCUUUGCGACUACACAAACGAGUGGGAUCGCUGGUAGAUUGCUCGUUCCACAUACCGAGGAGCUUUUCUUUGAUGACGAUGCCUUCGCUGAGGCAAUGUUUCAGUUUCGGGAUCUAUUUGACCCUUCUGAGACGUUCAAUGAAAUCAAUCCUUUUAUGUAG